AUGUCUAGUGGCAUUAUAUCAGGUGAUCUGGGUGGCCAAGGAAUUGGAUCUCCUCGCUCAGUCCAUCUUUCUUGUACACCAUCAUUUAUUCAGUGCUUUGAAGAUGAUUUGAUUAAAAUUACUCUGCUUAAGAAGGAUUCCAGUCUUCGCAUCCUAGCACUUGGUGGUGAGAUUUGUCCUUCUUGGAAAAAAUUACAGAAUUGGAGAGCUGAAGGAAAUAAAACAAGAUUCUUUAAUUUAUAUGGUUUAACUGAAAUAUCUUGUUGGGCAACCAGUUUUGAAAUAGAUCCCGAGAAUCAAAUGCUGACAUCAAGCAUACCGUUGGGAAAUCCUCUUCUUGAUACAAAGCUUGAAAUAAGAAAUGAAGCUGGAAAUAUAUCUGAAGAAGGAGAACUGUAUAUAGGUAGUGAAAGUAGAUGGUGUGUUAUCAAUGAUGAAAAAUGGCCAGAAAAUUUUAACAUUAUUAUGAGACCUACUGGUGACAUAGUUUAUAGUGCAAAUGAUGGUCUUUUAUACUUUGAAGGUCGUAAUGACAGCAUCAUUAAGUAUAAGGGACAGAAGUUGUGUUUAUCUCUGGUAUGCAGUGCUCUUGAAAGUGUUCCUGAAGUUGCAAAUCAUGUCGUAUACUUCAAUCAGACAUUGAAAAAACUAUAUUUAUUUGUUAGAUAUAAUUUAAAGGAGCAUAGUUCUUCAAACCAAAUAAGAGACAAGAUAAUGGUGCAUUUACGGAAAUCAAUUUUGAAUUUACCAGCAGUUGAAGUGGUUUUUGUUCCAUAUAUUCCUCUAACUAGGCAUGGAAAAGCAGACUACAAGAAGUUACUUGAAAUGUCUACAUGGGAACAGUUGUCCAUUGUUGAAAAUACCUGUAAUGUUAACUGUGAAGAGCUAGUGUCUUCUUUAUGGAAGGCUUACACUGGCCAGCAGAGUGUUGCAGAUGAAGAUAACUUUGCAUUUAAUGGUGGAAAUUCAUCAUUAGCUGUACAAAUGGCAUCUGACAUUGAAAAGAAAUUACAAAUAUCCAUCCCUGUUUUGGUACAAAAACUUCUCAAUAAUAGUUACCAUGAUGUUGUAGAACUUAUAAAAUCGUCUUUACAAGGCCAACGUAAAUCUUUAAUUAAGUUUGAAAGAACUAUGGAAAAGGCACAAGAUUAUGCAGAUGAACCUCCGAAUAAAAAAAAGUGGAAAAUAUUAUGUCAUGAGUUAUCUUGUAAGCGAGGCUAUUACUUUAAUUGUAUGCAUUUAAAAAAAAGUUGCUGUAGGGGGGAAAAAACUUUUCCCAGAAUACUUGAUAUGGCUGUCCCGUUGAAGUAUAAAAUCGAUCUGAAGAAAUGUGUAGAUGCUUCACCUUGUAUUGUACAUUUUUUGCAAUCAGAAGAAAUGUUGAUUUUCAUAGGAUCACAUUCUGGGACCUUUUGUGCUAUAACUGCAGAAAAUGGAACUGUGAAAUGGAGCAUACAGCUGCCUGACCGAAUAGAAUCAUCAUCAUGUGUAUCUUAUUGUGGGAAAUAUGUCUUAGUAGGUUGCUAUGAUUAUCAUUUUUACUGCUUUGAUCUGAAGAAAGGUGUUGUCACAUGGAAAUACAAAACAGGAGCUGAAGUUAAAAGUUCACCUGUAGUUUCAUGUAGCAAUGUUGCAUUUGUAGGAUCUCAUGACAAGCAUUUGUAUGCUGUAAAUGUUGAAACUGGUAAUCUUGAGUGGAAGAGAGAAAUAUCAAAAGGAAGUAUUUUUUCUUCUCCUGCUUUAGUUGAACAGUUGUCUUCAGUUUGUGUCACAACUUUAGAUGGGACAAUUUCUAUGCUUAAAAUGGUUUCUGGAGAGGUUAUAUGGACCUAUCAUUAUGGUAAACCAGUGUUUUCUUCACCAUCAACUACAUUAACAUCUAUAUUUGUGGGCUCUACAGACAACAGUAUGCUGCAUUUUGAUUUAAGUGGCAAUAUGGUGUCAAAAUACCAUACUUGUGCACCUGUAUUUUCAUCUGCAUGUAUCAUCUCAUCAGAAAAAAGUGAAAGUAUAGUAUUUGGCUGUGAUGAUUGUUAUAUAUAUUAUAUAAACUCUCAAGCUGAAUGCAGGUGGAAAACACAGUGUGAUUCUCCUGUUUAUGCAACACCAUUCACUUUCCAGUGGUUAAAUCAGACUUGUAUUGUUGUUGCAUCUACAAGUGGUACAUUGUACAUUCUCAAAGAAGAUAAUGGUGAAGUUCUGCAGUCAUGGAAAGUUCCUGGAAAAGUAUUUUCAUCACCUGUUGUUUUGAAUAAUGUAUUAACUUUUGGUUCCAGAGAUAAUAAUGUAUAUAUUUAUAAUUUAUAAAAAAAAUUAUGAUUUUUUAUAAUUCUUUUAGAAGAAAUUUCUUUAUUGAGUCUUUUCCCAUAUUAAGAACUUCAUUUUUAAAACAUCUGAUAAACGAAUCAAAAACUUCUUGAAAAGUUCUAAUUCUUGAAAGUUUCCCCUUAGAAAGUCCUCUAUGAAGGCAUCCUUACCACUGGGCAAAUACUCUUUGUGUGCAUUACCAUAUUCAAAUAACCUAACCCUUUCAUUCUGUAUUUCAUAGUAAUGUAAUAUUUCAUAUUACUUCUUUUUUAUUUCUUACUUUUAGUUUAACAUAUACAGGGUGUGGCAGCAUUCAUAGCAUAAUUUGACUUGCGUAGUACAAUGACGUAGUGCAUGAGUGUGCGCCAGCUCAUGCCACAUUCAAGUACUAAUGAGCUGCCAUUUCGAGUGUGACAGUGAUAUGAACCAGUGGAAUGCACAGCACCAUGCCCUUGCUGUUGAAAGUUAUUUCAAGAAUAACUACUCUGUUAUUGCUCAGCGUCUAUUUCGACAACAUUUCAACUUGGGACGUCAUGGGAAAGUUCCAGGUGGACAGACCAUUGCGACAGACAUUUCCAGGUAGAGUAAUUUCCCGUUUUGGUGACAUUUCCUGUUCUCCUCGCUCACCUGAUCUUUCGUGUUCAGACUUUUUCCUUUGGGGCCAUCUGAAGCAAGAAGUUUUCCGAACACAUUGUGCCACCAUUCCUGAGUUGAAGGAUCGCAUCAGAACUGCCGUCGGCAAUGCCCCAGCGAAUACGUUACGCUGAGUUAUGGCAAGCUUCCACGCCACCUAGAUGAAUGUGUUGUGCAGAGGAAGCAUCAUAUUCAAAAAGUAAUCCACGCGAUGGACAAUGACUUAACACAUUAGUAAAGGGCAUACCUUUAACUAUUAAUUGAUGUAAGAGGUAAUAAAUAAAUUACAUUUACUGCCUUA